UGUUCCAUAUAUUCUCUUUUUCUUCUCCCUCUUCUCCUCUUCUAGAGUUCAAAAUUGUUUCAGCCUCCAAAACAUUUCACUAUAAGCGAAGCAUCAAAUAUUAAAUUGGCUAAUAAAAUAUGGCUGGAUUUUGGCUCUUUGUUAUACCAAGUCUCAUCUUCUGCUUGCUUCUGGUAAAGGUGAUGGUUUCAAAGAAUAACAAGAAAAAGAAAAAGAGGAACACUAGAUGUAAGCUUCCUCCUGGUUCCAUGGGAUGGCCUUACUUAGGCCAGACUCUACAACUUUAUUCACAAGACCCAAAUGUUUUCUUCACUUCCAAGCAAAAGAGAUAUGGAGAGAUAUUCAAAACACGAAUCCUUGGCUAUCCUUGCGUGAUGCUGGCUAGCCCAGAGGCCGCAAGGUUUGUCUUGGUGACUCAUGCUCAUAUGUUCAAACCAACGUAUCCUAGAAGCAAAGAGAAGCUAAUUGGACCAUCUGCUCUAUUUUUCCACCAAGGAGAUUAUCAUGCCCAUAUAAGGAAACUUGUUCAAUCCUCUUUAUACCCUGAAACCAUCCGUAAACUCAUACCUGAUAUCGAACACAUUGCCCUCUCUUCUUUACAAUCUUGGACCAAUAUGCGUAUUGUCACUACCUACAAAGAGAUGAAGAAGUUUGCUUUUGAUGUGGGUAUUCUAGCCAUAUUUGGCCAUUUGGAGGGUUCUUACAAGGAGAUAUUGAAACAUAACUACAGUAUUGUGGACAAAGGCUACAACUCUUUCCCCAUGAAUCUCCCCGGAACAUCUUACCACAAAGCUCUCAUGGCGAGGAAGCGGCUAAAGACAAUAGUAAGCGAGAUUAUAAGCGAAAGAAGAGAGAAAAGUGUCUUGAAAACGGACUUUCUUGGUCAUCUACUCAACUUCAAGGACGAUAAAGGCCGUGUGCUAACCAAAGAAGAGAUUGCGGACAACAUCAUCGGAGUCCUUUUCGCCGCACAAGACACGACAGCUAGUUGCCUAACUUGGAUUCUUAAGUACUUACACGAUGAUAAGAAGCUUCUAGAAGCUGUUAAGGAUGAGCAUAGGGCUUUACUCAAAGAAAACAGUCGAGAGAAGAAGCCUUUAACAUGGGGACAAACGAGGAAUAUGCCACUAACACAUAGGGUAAUAGUUGAGAGCUUGAGGAUGGCCAGCAUCAUAUCCUUCACAUUCAGAGAAGCAGUGGUUGAUGUUGAAUAUAAGGGACAUUUGAUACCCAAGGGAUGGAAAGUGAUGCCACUUUUUAGGAAUAUUCAUCACAAUUCGAAAUAUUUUUCAAAUCCUGAAGUUUUCGAUCCAUCUAGAUUUGAGGUGAAUCCCAAGCCAAAUACAUUCAUGCCCUUUGGAAGUGGAGUCCAUGCUUGUCCCGGGAACGAGCUCGCCAAGUUACAGAUUCUUAUAUUUCUCCACCAUUUAGUUUCCAAAUUCCGAUGGGAAGUGGUGGGACGAGAGAAAGGAAUAGAGUACAGUCCAUUUCCAAUCCCUCGAAAUGGUCUUCCCGCUACAUUUCUACAACAUUCUCUUUAGUUCUUCAACCUUUAAAAGUUUAUUAUUAUUGAAAUUGUCUUAAGUAGUCUUAAUUUAUAUUUUUAUCUAAACUCGAUAAGAAUAUUUAAAACCCCUUGGAUUAUUUUUUUUUUCCUUUUUAAACCACUAUUGUAGUCCUUGAGGGGGUUUAACAUGUUGCAUGCUAUAACAACUAUGAUGGAGUAAAAAAAUGUCUAUUCCGGUAUUCUCAAUUACAGUCGAAAUUGGGUCAAGCUUUUCUUCGUGGUUAACAACCAAACCAAACCAAAUCAAAAGACUGGGAGCCACGUGAAGGGAACAGAAAGACCACAAAGCGUGAAUGUGAAAAAAAAUCAAAGAGGUGUGUGUCUAUUUAUGAGUGGCCUGUGAAAAUGACAUGGCUGCCAUAAAAACAGAGCAUCUUCUAACUUUCAUGAGGCUAUUCCACGUGUUGUUUAAUGAAUUGGCCACCUAUAAAAAGAUGUUUUGAUUUUAGCAAAAUAAAUAAGAAGAACAAAAAAUGGGUCUGUUUUCAUCA